UGCCUGUGCUGAAUGCAUUAGUCUAAUGAGAUGUUUGCAGCUGGAGAGCUGAGCUGCUGGAGACUUACAGUGUGCUAACAGACAGGGAGAAGAUGGCUUUUGCAAUAGUCUGUGUGCAUGUGCUGAAAGUCAUAUGCCCAUUAGGUCGAAAUACCUGGUCUCUGUAAAGACACUAAUCAGUGUUGUAACAUAAGCAAUAGCUCCUCUGCAUAUGAGUCACUUGGCCUCCCUGCCUCCAAGAGGGGAUACUGCUGACAUGCAGUCUCCAAGAAUACCUGGUAGAAAACGAGGAAGACCCCCACUCCAUUCUACUCCAAUGAAAAUGACCGUUCACAAUCUCUAUUCAGCACCGUCUGGUUCCUUGCCAGUAGUGAAGAUCCCAAAGAAAAGAGGAAGAAAACCUGGGUAUAAGCUCAAGUCUCGUGUUCUGAUGACUCCUUUAGCAAUCUCUCCUCCAAGAAGCACACCAGAACCUGAUAUUAGUUCAAUCCCUCAGGAUGCAGCUACAAUACCCAAUUCAGCUGCCCCACAAGCUCUCACUGUCUGCAUUUACGUCAACAAACAGGCUAACGUGGGGCCAUACCUUGACAGAAAAAAAGUGCAGCAGCUUCCAGAUCACUUUGGGCCUGAAAGACCUUCCAUGGUCCUACAGCAGGCAGUUCAGGCUUGCAUUGACUGUGCACACCAGCAAAAGACUGUCUUCUCGCUUGUCAAGCAGGGCUAUGGAGGCGAGAUGGUGUCAGUUUCUGCUUCUUUUGACGGGAAGCAGCACCUCCUGAGCCUGCCCGUAGUGAACAGUAUUGGCUAUGUCCUGCGCUUCCUCAAGAAGCUUUGCCGCAGCCUACUGUGUGACAAUCUCUUCAGUAAUCAGCCUUUCCCACCCUACAGCAAUGCCUUGGAAAACCUGGAGCAGUAUGAGAAUGGAAGGCUGGAGUCAGCAGAAACUGUCAUCCCUGAAGAUUACCUGGUUGACCCUGUGAACAUGAAGCGCUACAAUGUUGAUCCUUCUGAUUCUGCCUUUAAUUGUAUGGGCUCCCUGUAUACUAUGAGACAGAGCUCUGGAGAUGGACGUCUUGCUGGAGGCUCCUCUUCCUCUUGCAGUCAUCGUUCUGGUCAGAUGUCCUCCGGGGGACCAUCAUCUACUGGUUUGAGGCAUCAGACAUCCAGCCCAACUAGAAAUGGAACCUAUCUUGAAGGAAACAGAAGUGCCUCAAGUCCUUCUCUGGAGAGACAAGAUACAGCUCAGCCAUCAAGCAAGAAUCCUUCGACCUGGACUGUUGAUGAUGUGAUUUGGUUUGUGAAGGAUGCCGAUCCUCAAGCAUUGGGCCCACAUGUGGAGCUUUUCAGAAAACAUGAGAUUGAUGGCAAUGCUUUAUUGUUGCUGAAGAGUGACAUGAUCAUGAAAUACUUGGGGCUGAAAUUGGGACCGGCAUUGAAACUUUGUUACCACAUCGAUAAACUCAAGCAAGCAAAGUUCUGACAUUUCCUUCAACAGUGACCCAAUCACAACAUAAUCCAAGAGAGCAGACGAAAGGUAACAUGUUGCCUUACAGAAAUACAUCAAUUGUGAAUUGUUUUUCCCUCUUUUUUAACAAAGACUUUGUCUUUUUUAAUACUUGUGCAUCUUCACCUUUUUUUAAUCCAAUGGGGUCUUUUAGCUGUUCCGUGUUAAUAAUUUGCCAAAAAGUAUAUAAUUACAGUAAUUAUUUUAUAUCAUUAAUAUUGUUAUUAUGAUUAUAGUAAGUCCUAUUUUUGUAAUCAGAAGUGGGAAAUCAGAAACAAAUACAGCUUUGACACAUGCUGAGGAUUGAUGAGAGACAAUAGAAGAGUCACUCAUUAGCUACCUGUCUGGGGUAUAAUUAGUAACUUGCCAACAUGGGUGUGUGUGGUCAUAAUGCAGACCCACGAACAAGAGCAUUUUGAGAUAAAAGGCCUAGAAAAGGGCCAAUUAAUGUCAUUUGUUUGGUCUGCUAUUGUUGUCUUAUGGGCACUACCCCACAUCUUGCACUAUCUGGAAAACUUGAAAUUCGUUAGUUAAAAUAGAAAGUUUUUUCUAACGACUGAAGGAAGUACCUUUUUUCCUUCUAGAGGGAAAAAUCUUAUUAAACUUCAGGAUUUAGCUGCUGAUGACAUAGUGGCUUUCAGUAGAGUGUGCUUUAGCCACCUUGAUUUUAUGUCUAAUAUACACACAUAUUAGGAACUGCAGCUCCUAGCAUAACUUAUCCUUCACUGCUCACAGACAACUAGUUCACCAUUUAGCAAAUCAAAAAUGCAGAAAGUGUUCUUGAUAGGAUGCCACAAAAAUCAUUACGUUAAAGAGUGGGUGGCUAACACCCCAGCUAGGUCUACACUGCAGGCUUCUUGCUCAAGAACUGUUUUGUGCAAGUGUUCUUGUGCAAUAGGUCUUGCG